UUUCACAACAUUUCCGGUCGUGCCACAUUUGUGUUGUAAAUAACAUAUCGUAAAUAAUGAGCACGCAACGAGGGAAUCACAAGAAAGGCACACAAAAACAUCAGAAUAGAACUGUUUUUAAAAAUAACUUACAUGACACUUCCAAACGAACAAAAGAAAUAAAUGAAUUAGACCGAAAUGGAUUAUGUGAAAGAUGUAAAGAAAUUAUAGACUGGAAAGUAAAAUACAAAAAGUAUAAACCUCUAACAACUCCGAAGAAGUGCACUAGAUGUGAACAGAAAACUGUAAAGAAAGCCUAUUACAUAGUGUGUAUGCCUUGUAUUAGUGCACUGAAUGUAUGUGGAAAAUGUGGAAGUAAAAAAGAACUUGUGGCACAACCAGGUCCCUCUGCUUCAGAACAGAUGUCUUUAGACAACCAGCUUAAACAAGACUUGGAAAUGUUAUCUGAAAGAAAGAGGAGAUCAUUUCUCAGACUUCAAGCUCAAGGCAAACUUACAGCUGAAGAAAUAGAAGAAAAAAUGAAGGAAGAAUUAACUAAAUUUGAUGAUGAUUCAUUUGGAGAAUCAAGUGAAGAAGAUGAAGAAGAAUUAAGUGAUAACAAUGCUGAUGAGAAAACAUGUACAACAGUUAAUAAGGACAUUAUUGAACGGGUUUCAAAAGUAACAUUUAGUACUACUGAUGUUAAAGCAUCUUAAUAAUAAAGCAGUUUCUCAUUUA